AUGGAUCGUGGACUCACUGUGCAGAACCCCUACGCCAGUGUCAACAUCCCACGGGAACAGUUCCAGCACAGCUUCAUCACUCGCUACCUGCGAGAUGAGCCCACCAUCAUCACCAACUCUGCAGCCGUGCCCUCCUACGGCACAGAGGAGCAGACAGACCUUGCUAAUGGCUGGAGCAGCCCAACCAUCUCCACGGACAAGUCCUGGUCCCGUCCCUACAACCCCUAUGCCAGCCUGAGGAUGCCCAAUGGGGACUCAUCUGCCUCCUUCUACACUGUGACCCUGGACAAACCACCCAAGGGCCAGGAGCAGGGGGCUGACAGGCGAUGUGGCUGCUGCAGGUGCUGCUCCUGGUGCCCAAAGUGCUGCUGUGUCAUCUCCUAA